CAGACCAGGGCUUUGCUUUGAAACGGAGAUGGGUGGUUCCGAAUCACAACCAGCAUCAAACCCAGAACUUGAUAGACCAUGGAGGGAAACAGUCUGGAGCAAACAUGAGAAAGACAGACUGAUGAAAGAAAUAAGAUCCUUAACACCAAAAUACAAAGAAGUAAAAGAAAUAAGAAUCAUGAUGGCCGGACAGAUCAGCGCUGGAAAGUCAAGUUACAUCAAUACUGUUGAUUCUGUGUUUCAAGGUCAUUUGACAAACCGGGCUUUGACUGGUAAAGAUAGGCACACGUUUACCAAGGAGUUUAAACCAUACUAUGUAGAGGACGGUGUAAAAGGAGACGAAGAUGGAUUUCUUCCUUUUGUCAUCUAUGACAUCAUGGGAAUAGAUACAACUGUGACGAGUCCUGAUGACUUCGUCAGUGCGGUGAAAGGCCAUAUUCUUGAAAAGAAUGGAUACACGUUCAAUCCCAUCAAACCUCUCAGUGCUGACUCUCCAGAUUACAACAAGAGUCCCACUGUGAAUGAUGUGGCCCACUGUCUUGUUUAUGUUGUGGCAGCAGAUCAACUCAGCAUUAUGGAUAAUCAUGUUCUGAAGAUUAUAACAGACAUCAGAUCAAAAGUCAGUGAUAUUGGUAUUCCCCAGGUUGUGCUUUUAACUAGAGUGGAUGAAGCCUGUCCAUUGGUAGGAAAAGAUCUCAAGAAGGUGUACUGGAGCAGAUACAUCAAAGCACAGACAGAAAAGGCCAGUCAAAUAUUGGGCAUUUCUAUUAACUGCAUUCUUCCUGUGAAAAAUUACCAUAAGGAAACCAGCCUGAAUGAUGACAUUGAUGUCCUGGCCCUGUCAGCACUGCUGCAGAUACUCAGAUUUGCAAACUGCCGCUUACAAAACCUGAAUCAAAAGAAAUCUAAGAGAUAGUUGUAAAGUAUUCAACUAUUGUAUGUACUAAAUCUUAAAAUGUCUCUGAGACCCAUCUGAACAGCUUAAUUAACUCAAUUUAAUUUCUUGUUAUUAUAUUCUUGUUCAUUUUUAUUGUCAAAAUUAAUAUUCUUGUUAUUAUGGUACUGAUCAGGAAUUUGACAAUCUACACUAAAAUGUCUCAUUUUAUAAACACAAAUAAAGAAAAAAAAACAUCUGUUGCUAAUUAGAAUUAAGUGUUCUGAACGUUUUGCUUUCUUGCAAAAUAUAAAGUGUAUGUAGAUGAUAUGUAAUGCAAAUGAAACCAUUAACACAGAAAAUGAAAUAGGGAAAAUUAAACCGACAUGAUAAAAGUUUGUAUUAUUUUAACACUAAUGCAGUCUAAUAGAAACUACACAACUGCUAUGAUAUCUUAGGCACCACUUCUGUUACCCCUUCUCAUUUGUCUCUCAUUAAUCAAUUUACCCAUAAAUGCCUGUGUAUAGAAUUUAUUAUUUUCUACUUUUGUGCUUAUCUGUUCGGUUUCCCUGUUUCAAAUGACUUGUUUAUUCUUAAAAAUGAUUCAGAUCCUGAUCCAAUGAAACCUGUUUAAUAUGACUUGUAAAAUGAAUUUACUCAGUAAUAAAUUAAUUGAAAGCUCUUUCGGGGAUGAGCACUUGUAAAAAGAAGUUCACACUUCUUGGGAGGAAGGCCCUGUGUGAUCCUGGUGGGAGACAUACAAGGCAUCAGCUGUAACAGAUGUCAGCUUUUGUCCACUAGCUUCUCCUUCAUGAACUGUUUCAUUUCAUCCAGAAUGCAAGAACUAGGAUGGAGGCUGGAAUUCUCCACUCUUUGUCUGCAAUAUCCAAGUUCCCAUUACAUCCAGGACCAUGGCCACUCGCCCUGUCACGUCAUCAGUGGUCCAACGAUUUUCCCAUGUACACAGUAUUAGGAGGGUCAGGAAGCUCAAGAUGACAAGUUUACAACACUACUAACAAUCUUAAAUCCAAGAGUAACAAACUGAACAAGAACAUGAUUUCAAUAUCAGUACUUCCUGCUCUUCAUGGUAUUUCACCUGGCCAGGCUGGCUAUUGACUGAGUUUUUAUUUGAAAAGAAGUUGUGAUUUUUUUCCCCCUAGUGACAAGUAGGCAUAUUAAAAGCAGUAUAAUCCCAUGACUCAUGUCAGUGGUAAGCAAAUUGUUGUGUGUACUGUG